AUGGCCCCUUACUACCCGUCUCUCGACGCCAUCCACGGCGCCGCCAUAUACACGCCAUCCGCCGGAGCCCGCCUCGCGCACGGCCGACCGACGCCGUACCAGGCCCGGCCGGAGCUCUACGGCGCCGCCAUGUCCGUCGUCGAGGACGCCAAGGACAAAGCCAAGAAACUGAGCGCCGAAGCGCAACGCGAAUUCGAUCUCGCUGCCGGUCGGGCGAGUAAGUCGACGGGCAAGAUGGAGCUGUACUCUGGCUCGUACUACGCCGCCUGCACCUUUGGCGGUCUCAUGGCCUGUGGUCUCACCCACGCCGCCGUCACCCCGCUCGACCUCGUCAAGACGCGCCGCCAGGUCGACUCCUCGCUGUACAAGAGCAACGUCCAGGCCUGGCGCACCAUCUACCGCGCCGAGGGCGUCCGCGGAAUCUUCACCGGCUGGUCGCCAACCCUGCUCGGCUACUCGGCCCAGGGCGCCUUCAAGUACGGCUGGUACGAGUACUUCAAGAAGACCUACGCCGACCUCGCGGGUCCCGACGCCGCCGCCCGCUACAAGACGGGCCUGUACCUGGCCGCCUCGGCCUCGGCCGAGUUCCUCGCCGACAUCGCGCUCUGCCCGUUCGAGGCAGUCAAGGUGCGCGCGCAGGGCACCAUGCCGAACCCGUACGCCGGCGCGGCGGACGGCAUCCGCAAGGUGGUCGCGGCCGAGGGCGUCGCCGGCCUGUACAAGGGCCUCUACCCGCUGUGGGGCCGCCAGAUCCCCUACACGAUGAUGAAGUUUGCCUCGUUCGAGACCAUUGUCGAGAUGAUGUACGCGCGGCUGCCGGGCCAGAAGACCGACUACGGCAAGGCGGCGCAGACGGCCGUGUCCUUCUCGGCGGGCUACCUGGCGGGCAUCCUGUGCGCGGUGGUAUCGCACCCGGCGGACGUCAUGGUCAGCAAGCUCAACGCGAACCGCGCGCCGGGCGAGCCGUUUGGCGGCGCGGUGACGCGCAUCUACAAAGACAUUGGCUUCGGCGGGCUGUGGAACGGCCUGCCGGUGCGUAUUGUCAUGAUUGGCACCCUGACGGGUCUGCAGUGGAUGAUAUAUGACUACUUUAAAAUCUUCAUGGGCUUCCCGACCACGGGAGGCGCAGCUCCUCCCGCCGAGCAGAAGAAGUAG